AUGCCUGCAUUUGAUGAGACAUUCAAUAAUACAAUUAAUAAGAGUAUCAGUGAUAAUGAUAUUAUCAUUAAAACUAAUAAGACAUCAAUUGUAUCGAUAUUACACUUCAAUGACUGUUAUAAUAUAGAGUCUCGUAUUGAUGAGCCCUCAGGAGGUGCCGCCCGAAUGGUCACUGCUUUUAACUCAUACCGCGAUUGCGAUCCUUUAGUCUUAUUCAGUGGUGAUAUAAUCUCUCCGUCAAUCAUGAGUACAUUCACUAAAGGCGAACAAAUGAUACCCGUUUUGAACGCUUUGGGUAUCAAUUGUGCUGUCUUUGGGAACCAUGAGUUCGACUUUGGUGUCGAUUAUCUCAAUUCAUUUAUGCAAAGAACUAACUUUCCGUGGCUUAUGAGCAAUGUCUACAACCCUAAGACUAACCGUCCCAUUAAUAAUGCAAACAUAUGGCAUAUAAUCGAUAGGAAUGAUAAAAGAUUUGGGAUAAUAGGUUUAGUAGAGGAACAGUGGCUAAUCGAUGCCUUACCCGAGGGCUAUGUUUAUCGGGAUUUUGUAUCUGAGGGCAGAAAAUUAGCUCAACGUUUGAAGAAUAUGGAAAGCGUUGAUUUUGUGAUCGCAUUGACUCACAUGCGUUGGCCUAAUGAUUGUCUUUUGGCCGAAAAUGUGUCUGAAAUUGAUCUGAUAUUAGGCGGACACGAUCACGACUAUCAGAUCCGUACUAUUAAUAAUAAACUUUGUGUUAAAAGUGGAACUGAUUUCAGACAAUUCAGUAAAAUUGACAUUAAGUUUACUGAUAAUGACUUCAAGUAUGAUAUCGACUGUAAUGAGAUAAAUGUUAAUUCUUAUGACUUCAAAGAAGAUGAGGACAUCAAACAUGAACUCCAACCGUAUUCACUGAUUGUCGAGUCACAGAUGGACAAUGUUUUGUGUGAAAUGCGGGUCGAUUUGGACGGAAAAUUCGCAUCGAUUCGUAAUCGCGAAACAAAUUUAGGAAAUUUCAUUAGCGAUAUAUGUUUGAUAAGUACCGGAGCAGAUGUAGUGCUUCUCAACUCAGGUAUGUUCCGAAGCGAUCAAAUACAUUCAAAGGGUGACUUCAAAUUUCGUGAUUUGGUCCGCAUUUUACCGAUGAUGGAUGAGUUGGUAGUAUUAAAUAUAACGGGUCAUCAACUAUUGACUGCACUCGAGUGUAGUCUAUGUCGAUGGCCUAUAUUAGACGGUAGUUUCGCACAAAUAUCUCGAAUUAGGUUCGAGUUUGAUUCGCACAAACCGAUUGGUAAACGUAUUGAUAUCAAUACAAUAAAAAUUGGCCGAAAAAAUCUCGAUUUGAAACGACACUACCGUUUGGUUACUGAAGAGUUUUUACACAAAGGAAAAGAUGGUUAUUAUGUGCUAAAAGAAUGUGAAGUAUUGAUACCUAAAGAGCAUUGUUUGGAUAUCUUUACAUUAGUCAAGAACUACUUAGAGUCUGUAAAACAGUUGAGAGCUGAUCCCGAAGCCAACAGCAAGACAUUGGUUUGCAGUGGAGGUACUAAAACACUGGCUAUCGAUAAGAAAGAGUAUAUCGAUUUAGACAUAGAGUUAAGAAAACUUGAACCUAAAUGUGACGGACGUAUCACUAAUUUAGGACAGAUAUGA